AGGCGCCAUAACGAUACUGUGUCUGUACGAUGAUAGCUUGGGUUCUAGAUGAGCGUUACGAAUAGCUAUGGCAACCACAUAGGUUUGACUGCAUAUGGGUUCUGCUUUACUCUUUGCAUAUGCUGUUUAUGUUGGGUGUUAGUUCUGCACCCGAGAUGAGCACAGUGCAACAUCGGAGCAGUACACUAGGCGGGCCCUUAUCAGAGUGUGGACUUCGUACUUCGGAGCCAGCCUGGAUUACGUAUUAGGAGCUAAAAUUAAAAUUCAUCAUUAGCAAUGUGAGUAAAACACCGGUUCAGGUAACAGCCGAACAUUAACAGCAAGAAAAUUAACCUAGUAAGACCGUGUGCAUUCCUGGAGGAGCAAACUUCAAACAUCAUCUUGGGGGACGGUGUUUUUGGUUGAAUCUUCUUGGUGUUUGUAAUAUUUUGAUGGUGACUGUGGAGUGGUAGGAUGGCAGACAAGACGGUAGAGGUGUCGACAGUGAGCCAGCACACCGUGGUGACUGCAUCGACGACCACCACGGCCAACCUGCACGGGCCCAGCCCCGCUGCGUCCGGCUGCACCUGCGACGUCGGCUACCUGCGCUCACUACAGGGCAUCACCAAAAUUGUCGAAAUCCUGCUGUCGCUGGUUGCCUUCAUCGUGAUGGUGUCCUCCCCCUCCCACACUCGCAACGCCGGACUCAACUUCUUCCUCUUUGUUGCUCUAGCAGCCACACUGGUGUCCGCUGUCUGCCUCAUUCUGCUAUCGACCCAUCUGCACCUCAAAGUGCGCCUUCCCUGGAACAUCGUGUUCGCAGCACUCUACGCCAUAAUGUUACUCAUCUACUUCAUAGCAUUCAUCUUUGGCGCCGCUAAUGCCUGGACAUCGUUGCACGGAUCUGCAGCGACCCUUGGCUUCUUCGCGUGCCUGGCGUACGUGGCCAGUCUGUUCUUCGCUAUACAGGACUACCGCUUGAACCGGCAGAUGACCCAGCAAUCAGAGGGUGCAACGGGGACCUACACCGACCAACGGGACAACCCUCCAGCCUAUGACGCCUCCUACUGAUAAAACCUAGUUUACAAGCCGAUACAAGUAGGCCAAAAGUUUUGCCUACGCCGACCCCCUCAGGAUUUGUAGGUCUUCACUUUGUUUUGGGGAGUUUUUGUGGCCCUAGCACUUCAGGGUUUCCAAUUUAAGCUUCCGAGAUUUGUUGGGUUUUUUUUUUGGGGGGGGGGGGGUGACAUUGGGCUCAUAAGAAUUCCUCUAUAGUUGCAAAGGAUUGGAGGGAUCCUUAAAAGGGCGAUGGUGAUAUGGAUUAUAUACUUUUCGGGGUGAUCGUCUUUUGAGAGAAAUUACCCAAAAUUUACUGGAAUUUGAUCAACUUACUGGGGAGUUACAUAUUUUCCACGAUUUUUCAAAGAGAGGGCCGGUAUUUAUCACGGUUUUCUAUUGUAAUUUAUUUACUUGUCUGUAUCCUUAAUGUAGGUACAGCUGUCCAUAUCCAGACAUUGGUGUAGCGUCGAAUUUGGACUCGCAUGAAACGGACUCAACUAUACCGUUUUGCGCAUAUAGCACGGCACAGAUAAUACAAGGGGGCGGGCGAGGUUGAUGAGAGUUCAUAAUUUAUUUAAGGUACCGGAUCAUAGGAGUGCUAAUUUUAUUUCUAUUUAAGGUAUAUUUGUCGGUGUUUAUAAAAGAAAAAGCAUUUCUUAUUGUUUUUACACUGCCACGAAACAUGCCAAGAACAUUAUGCUGUGAUAUUGAUAAACUAUGUAUCAAUUUUUUACGGAAAUUAAUUCCGUACAUUGUGCAAUGAUGACGCUUAUAUUGAAUAAUGGUUAUAUCUUAUAAGUAUAGUUUAAAUAAACUGUUUUUGUUUUCUGUGUUGGCACAAACAAUACUUCAAUUCUUACACCAAUCCAAAUUUACUCUAAACCAUCAAUUUUGACGAUGGUGAUUUUAUGUGGAACUCAAGGUGAAUUUCGAGGUUAGAUUUUACCUGGACCAAAA